AUGAAGGCCUUUGGACUUGUCUGGCUUUUACCUGCCCUUGCUGCAGCCCAAUCUGCAACUGUCACUUUAUCACCAUGGCAGACCGGCGAGGUAACUCCUGAUGGAACUUGUGGUGGAAGCACGGGCUUCGUCUGCAGUCCUGUCUGGGGUGCUUGCUGCUCUAAAGAUGGUAAAUGCGGUCGGUCCAGCAAGUUCUGUGGCGACGGAUGCCAAUCUAUUGCUGGUAACUGCAAUGCUGCUGCACCAGCUCCUGAAAAGCCUCUUGGCCCUGGAAGUGUCUCUCCAGACGGUUCUUGUGGUGGUGACAACAAGUUCGUCUGUGGCGGAAGUACCUUUGGAGGUUGCUGCUCGCUGCAAGGCUGGUGCGGUAACUCCACCGCCCACUGUGGCAAUGACUGCCUCCCCGACUUUGGUACAUGCGGUCCUCCUUCAAACAUCACUGCCAACGGACAGUGUGGCGCGAACGGCAAGAUCUGCCCCGGCUCUGGCUUCGGCGAUUGCUGCUCUAGCACAGGAUGGUGCGGUGGUGAUGAAGACUUCUGUGGUGCUGGCUGCCAGAAUGGCUUUGGCAACUGCACUUUGACCGAUGCUGGAAAUGUCUCAACUGACGGCUCUUGUGGAAAGAAUGGCAAGAUCUGCAAAGGUAGCUCAUGGGGAGAUUGCUGUUCUGCUGAUGGCUACUGCGGCAAGGGCGAUGGCUUCUGUUCUGCUGGUUGCCAGUCCAAGUUCGGAGAUUGUGACGCCGAGACCAACAUCUCUACGGAUGGGCAUUGCGGCAAGAAUGGUAAGACCUGCAAGGGAAGCACUUAUGGAGAUUGCUGCUCUGCACAAGGGUACUGUGGCAAGACAAACCAUUGUGAAGCAGGCUGUCAGUCUGAGUUCGGCACCUGCAAUGCUGAUGCAGGCAAGGUCUCUACCGAUGGCCGAUGCGGCGGCUUCAAUGGAAAGACCUGCAAAGGCAGCUCUUUCGGUGACUGCUGUUCCAUUGGCGACUGGUGUGGCAAGACUUCUCACUGUGAUGCUGGCUGUCAAUCCAAGUUUGGCACUUGCAACAGCGAAGCGAGCAACAUCUCUACCGAUGGCUACUGUGGCAAGAAUGGCAAGACUUGCAAGGGAAGCACUUACGGUGAUUGCUGUUCUGCUCAGGGGUACUGCGGUAAGACAAACCACUGUGAAGCAGGCUGCCAAUCGAAAUUCGGUACUUGCAACGCCGGCUCUGACAACAUUUCUACCGACGGAAGCUGUGGUAAGAACGGAAAGACUUGCAAGGGUAGUGAGUAUGGUGACUGCUGUUCUCAGCACGGAUACUGUGGAAAGGGAGAUGACUUUUGUCGCACGGGAUGUCAGCUUGCCUACGGUCUUUGCCCUGGUAUCUCUGCCGACUCCGAGUGUGGUUCAAGGAACGGUAGAACUUGUGCUGGCUCUGGUCUUGGAAACUGUUGUUCUGCCAAUGGUUACUGUGGAAGCACGGGAUCGCACUGCGGACAGGGCUGCCAGAAGGGUGCCUCCAGCGGCUGUCUCACCAAGAACAUUCCCACUACGGAUGGCUCUUGUGGUAGCAAGGCUGGUCUGACCUGUGCCGGUGGUCCUUUUGAUGGCCAAUGCUGCAGCGCUGCAGGUUGGUGCGGUACAUCAUCCCAUUGUGGAUCUGGAUGUUACUGCGGAUCCUUUGUUGAGAAUUUUGAAGAUAUCGAGAAGACUAGGGCUCCGGCUUACAGUUAA